AAUACGAAAUUGACUCCCAAGGGGAUGAAUGAAGUAAAGGUGUUUUUCUACCCGCACUUCCUUCCCCGCUCGCCUUAAUGGUUCCUCCCGGAUCCUCAGCUUUCAGGAGCUUCGUCCGUAAACUGUGAGGUCGCCUUGGGGUUAGUCCUUUCUGGCUGAGGCCUAGGCCGUGAGGACCGGACCGUAACUAUGGUAAAUAUUAUCCACUUGGUGCGAGAUCACUGGGCUGUUGCAUUGUUUCCCAUAGGAUUUUUGGUGGGAUGGUACUUUGACAAUAAAAAUGAUGAGAAUCUGGCAAUAUUCAGAAACAAGAGCAAGUUAUUUCAAAGGGAAUUGAAACCUAAUGAAGAUACUGUAUGGAAAUAAUGUGUCAAGUGAGAGCUGCUUCCCUACAGUUUCCUUGAAUAAGUGACUGCACCAUGAUGAAAAUAGAAUGUAGUAUUCCCUUUGUUCAAAAUUUGAUUAAUGAAAAAGUAUGUAGCCCCACCUAUAUAAUGUAAUUCAGGUAUACUGUUUAUAGUGAGGGUGAUGGUACUAUGAAGCUUGGUACAGUGUGUUCCUGAGAAACUGCUUGUCUCUCUGAACUUGAGCCUUUCAGUCAGCUUCAGAGGCUAUACUUUUACAUCCAUCCUGUUAACCAUAGGAUUGUAGUUGGCAGGAAUCAGAUACAAGAUUGUUUAUAUAUUUUUUCUGCGCUUCUGGAAUUUUUUCCUUGAGAAUUGAUAAGAUCUCUUCCUGCAUUUAAUAAAAGUAUCCAUGAAGUAGAUUUAAAACAUGUAUUGCAGUUUUUACAAAAUGUUGGUACUACUUUUAGAAGGUUAGAUUUUAUGGUGACCGUAAUAUUUAGUUCUGUAAGUGAUGUUUGGCUUCUAUAACUUAUAUAUCAUAUUGAAUGUGUGCUUGUAGAAAACCUUAGCAUGCUAGGCUAUGAUUCGUUUAGCUUUGACAUAAUGUAUCUUAUAAAUCCAACCAAUUGUAGUUAUUGAAACAACCCCAGCUAAACAAACCAUAGCUUAAUGUGUGUUGGAUGUGAGGGCAAUGUGGCUGUGACAUCUGUUACUCCAUUGACCUUCAGGGUUGAUUUGGUUGGCUAGGCAGGUGACCUUUUCUUCCACAGUACUCCAUGUGCAUCCCACCCAAAGCUGCACUCACAGUAGAAGAU